GACACAAGGACAGUUAAUUGACCGUCGCCUCACUCGUACAGCAAAGCAGCCCUCGAAAGCAAAACCCUUGCUUGAGACACCGGCGGCGGCUUCUCUUCGUCACCAUGACCAAAUUUAGGAAGCUCGGCCGACCCGCCGCUCACCGCGUCUCCAUGCUCAAGACGAUGGUUUCGCAACUGGUGAAGCACGAGCGCAUCGAGACCACGGUCGCCAAGGCGAAGGAAAUCCGACGACUUGCCGAUAACAUGGUGGAGCUUGGAAAAGAGGGUACACUUCAUGCUGCACGCAGAGCUGCAGCCUUUGUUCGUGGUGAUGAUGUUCUUCAUAAGCUGUUCACAGAGCUUGCUUAUCGCUACAAGGACCGAGUAGGUGGAUAUACAAGAUUUCUUCGGACACGCAUACGAAUGGGGGAUGCUGCACCAAUGGCUUACAUUGAGUUUGUUGACAGGGAGAAUGAGCUUAGAGAGGCCAACUUACCAAAGCCACAGCCACCUCAGAGGACCCCACUUGAUCCAUGGGCAAAAUCACGUGCUAGCCAACAGUGGGCCUCUCCUAAAGACAAUUCAAAGUCUGGAUAAAAAAACUAGUCGUUUUAUUUCAUUUUUUGUUAGCAUUUAUGCACAACUUUGAUAUACCUUGUUAUGUUGCAGACAUUUAUGGGCAUUCAUGUUACUGUCUGUCAUUACUAGUCCUUAAAAUCAAAGGGAUAUUCAUCCAAUCUAAUCUGGGUACAAGUUGAUACACAUGAGCUUGUAAUAUGGUAAAUAAUAUGGCAUGUAAAUGUUGAUGUCCAACUUUAGUAAUUAUUUUGGUUGUUGCCUUAUAG